AUGUGGAAACCAAAGUCCUCCAGGCUGAGAGUCGUCCUCCAACAUGUCCGACCUCCGGCAGAUCAGCAGGAGGAGCAGAUCAGCAGGAGGAGCAGAUCAGCAGGAGGAGCAGAUCAGCAGGAGGAGCAGUUCAGCAGGAGGAGCAGUUCAGCAGGAGGAGCAGAUCAGCAGGAGGAGCAGUUCAGCAGGAGGAGCAGAUCAGCAGGAGGAGCAGAUCAGCAGGAGGAGCAGAUCAGCAGGAGGAGCAGAUCAGCAGGAGGAGCAGUUCAGCAGGAGGAGCAGAUCAGCAGGAGGAGCAGAUCAGCAGGAGGAGCAGAUCAGCAGGAGGAGCAGAUCAGCAGGAGGAGCAGAUCAGCAGGAGGAGCAGAUCAGCAGGAGGAGCAGAUCAGCAGGAGGAGCAGUUCAGCAGGAGGAGCAGAUCAGCAGGAGGAGCAGAUCAGCAGGAGGAGCAGAUCAGCAGGAGGAGCAGAUCAUCAGCAGGAGGAGCAGAUCAGCAGGAGGAGCAGAUCAGCAGGAGGAGCAGAUCAGCAGGAGGAGCAGUUCAGCAGGAGGAGCAGUUCAGCAGGAGGAGCAGAUCAGCAGGAGGAGCAGAUCAGCAGGAGGAGCAGUUCAGCAGGAGGAGCAGAUCAGCAGGAGGAGCAGCAGGAGCUCACCAGGUCCUGGACACACCUGGAGGAGGCCCCACUGCUGCCAUCUGCCCGAGACAAGGACGUUCACGUGGAGCAGAGAGAAGACUUUAAACAAGCCUCAGUAACUUUACAGGACAGUACAGAGUACACCUGA